ACACGGACUAAUAAGAAAAUAAGUUCACAUAAAUUAAAACAGAGGGAGUAUAAUAAACGAGUUCAUUUGAACAUAUAAAUUUCUUAAACCGAGCACAGAAAUAUAUGUAAAAAAAAAAAAAAAUCUCAAUAAAUAUCAAAUUUUGAAUCCAUAAUUAUAGAAAUAUAUUAGAUUCAAUAGUAAGACAUAAAGGUCGAAACUGUCAAACUUUAAAUUAUGAAUUGGCUUCUAAACUUGGUUGGGACUAUUUGUCGUUGUCUAGUGUGGUUAACUCUUCCUAUUUCCUCAUUAUAAAUUAGUGAGCACAUAGCUAAGUUCAAUAUAGAAAUUCCAUCCUCCAUCCUCACAUGAUCAGUUAUCCCCUCUCUCUAUUAAGUUAUACUGUAAAGUAACGAUUACAGCAAACAAAUUUAGCCGUACGAGGGGUCUCUGCGACCACCUCAUUAGUCAAUUUUUCACCUCGUUACUUGUGUUUUUAGUUAUUUCUCUCAGAUUUUCAUUUUUUACGGUCCAUUUCGCAUCCUCGUAUCAAGACAUGCUAUACCAAGUUCAUUUAUAAUAUAUGUUGUUACCCCAAGGCACGUAUAUUCAUUUGUUGCUUAUUCUUCCUAAGCAAGAAUCAAGAUGACCUUUUUCAAGUGCAUGUAUGAGCAUAAAUAAAAAGGAAUUCGUUGAGGGUAUAAUCAUGACGGCUAGCCAUUUCAAAUCUUGGGAUAGAUAGCCAGCCAUUCUGCCAGAUAUAUACUCACUCCAAGAACACUACAGUCAACAAUUAUCCUCGACAUAUAUACAAGGAUUGCAUCAUCCAAGACUCUUGUCCAAACAAUUCUACCUUUUCAUACACUGAUUUGUACAGAUCCAAAACAUUCAUCUCCUUUGCCCUGCCAUAGACCAACCUAUUUAUGCUACUAAGCUAACCACGUAGUGCUGAGUGGUCCUUCACUUAGAUAGUGUUACUAUGAUAGUCGAUCUUCAAUUCUGUUCUUUGUUUUUCUUCUUUUUUCUAACUGGUUCUGCUCUUGGAGAGGACUUAUUAAGCUGUGAAUCGAAAUAUCCAGCUGCUUCUGGCUAUCGAUGUGACCGAAAUGUGCAACCGUUACAAUGUGGGACAUUUGCACUUUUUCGGACUAAUUCAUUUUACUCUUCUUUUUUCAAUCUGAGCUCUUAUUUGGGUAUCAAUCGAUACGUUCUAGGAGAAGCAAAUGGAUUUUCUGCUGAUACAGAGUUUCUUCCAAUUGACCAGCCUUUAAUAAUUCCAUUAGAUUGUAAAUGCGUUGGUGGUUUCUUUGAAGCAGAAUUAACAAAGACAACAAUCAAAGGUGAGAGCUUUUAUAGCAUUGCUCAAUCUUUGGAAGGCUUAACAACUUGCAAAGCAAUUCAGGAGAAAAAUCCAAAUGUUACUCCUUUUGGUCUUUCUCAGAAAGUUUUGCUGUCCAUUCCAUUGAGAUGUGCUUGUCCUUCUACGGAAGAAAUUAGUCCGCAAACAAAACUUUUGCUAUCAUACCCCGUGAAGCAACGAGAUACAAUUGCAGCCUUAGCAAUCAGCUUCAAUACGACUGCUGAAAGAAUAAUAGAUGUCAAUCGAAGAUCAGAAGGAGGUAGUUUUAGACCUGAAGGACUUUCACCAGGUUCAACUCUUUUGAUUCCACUCGAAGGUAAACCCAAACUUAGCUCAUUUCCAAAACCUCAGCAGCCGGAUUUGGGUUAUCCGGCAGCAAGCAUCGCGUCAACCAAAAUACAUAAAAAGAAGAUCAAAAUGCGGAUGAUGAGAGUUUAUAUUGCUGUCGCUGUGGUUGCCUUUGUGGCAAUUGUAGCACUUGCAGCAGUUUUCUUGUUUAUUUUUCUCAAGAGGAAAAGGGAUAAUUCGAGUAAGGAAGGAGAUAUGGAGCUACAAAAGUUGAGCUUAAGCGUGAGAACUACCAGCAAAAAGAAAGUUUCAUUCGAGGGGUCUCAAAAUGAUCUUGAUGGUCAGAUUAUUGAUGCCACCCCACAUAAACUGUUAGUCGAGACUUACACUAUUGAAGAGAUAGAGAAGGCAACAGAGGAAUUUGAUUCCUCCAAUCUUAUCGAGGAUUCUGUAUUUCAUGGCCGGAUUAGUGGUAAAAAUUUGGCAAUCAAACAGAUAGAGACUUGCAGUAUCUCAAAAAUAGAUUUCGGGCUAUUCAACGAUGCAAUUCAUCAUCACCCGAACAUUAUCAGGCUCUUAGGAAUGUGCAUUACAGAAGGUCCUGAUUCAUUCUUGGUGUUUGAAUAUGCUAAAAAUGGUUCAUUAAAGGACUGGCUUCAUGGUGGCCUAGCAAUGAAAAACCAAUUCAUUUCUUCCUGUGAUAUUUUUUUGACAUGGAAUCAGAGGCUAAGGAUCUGUUUGGAUGUAGCCACUGCCUUCCAAUUUAUGCACCAUAUCAUGGAUCCUCCUUAUGUUCACCGAAACAUGAAGAGCCGGAACAUUUUUCUUGAUGAAGAAUUCAAGGCUAAAGUUGGUAAUUUUGGCAUGGCUCGAUGCGUUGAAGAUGAUGUUGCAAAAGGUUACCUGGCGCCAGAGUAUCUUGAACGAAAAAUCAUUGCCCCGAGCAUUGAUAUUUUUGCUUUUGGAGUAAUUUUGCUUGAGGUGUUAUCAGGCCAAACACCUAUAAAAGAUGAAGUAGCACUCUCUCAGAAAAUAAAGGUUAUUUUAGAGUCAGAGAAUGCAGAUGAGCUAAGGGAAUGGAUAGACAGUGCAUUGGGAGAGAAUUAUUCAUUUGAUGCAGCAGUGACAUUGGCAAAUUUGGCUAGAGCAUGUGUGGAGGAAGAGCCGUCAUUAAGACCAAAUGCUGGUGAAAUUGUGGAGAAGUUAUCAAGAUUGGUUGAAGAAUUACUGGAAGGGGAGGAACUCUUAAUCUCCGAAAGCUCUUGCAAACCUUUGUUCAAGGCUGCAAGCACAAGUACUACCCUGUGAUUUGUUGAAGUCACCAGCUUUUGUGAAUUGUAAAGUGACUAGUUUAUCAGGUGUUUAACUUGUUGUAUGGUUUUUAUGAGUCAUAAAUUCUGGAUUUCCUCUCUACUUAAGGCAAAAAUACUAUAAGAGAGUUUAUUUGCUUAUUAUUACUGUAACUUGUAAAUAUGUACGUACUGAGUAACUAUAUAGCUACUUUUUAAUCAAUGGUGAUUUUCUUAUUUA